AGCCUGAGAUUGUAUUUGGAGGCUGGAACAGACUUGCGUAAUUCAUUGCGCAAUCUCUUUUUUCCUGUAAAAUCCACAGCUCUCUUCUGUCUGUGUGUGCGUUUGGGUGUAAUAGUGUUUAGUCUCCAGUUUCUACUUCUGUUCGGCGGUUCAGGGGAAUGAAGAUAAAAUGCGUGUAAUAAACCAAAUCUGUGUGCUACUUUUGUGGGUGCAUACGCUGACCUUCGCGCAGAUUCCAGACUGUACACUUCAACAGUUUUUAAACGGACCCAAGUAUGAUUCAAAUUUUGACACAUCUGGGCUUCAGUCCAGCUACCCUCCUGGAAAACAAAUUCGAGUUGCCUGCAAUGUUGGCUACAGUGGCUUUUUCAAACUGACCUGUGUCGAGGGAAAAUGGGAUUCUAAAGGCACUGUAUGUCAACCAAAAUCAUGCGGUCAUCCUGGCGAUGCCCAGUUUGCAGAUUUUAAUCUGGAAGUAGGAGACGAUUUUGUCUUUGGGUCAAAAGUUGUAUACACCUGCCACAAAGGUUAUCAAAUGGUCAGUCGCACAAACUACCGGCGUUGCAUGAAUGAAGGCUGGGAUGGUGUGAUUCCUGUCUGUGAAGCCCAACAGUGCCCAGUGAUUCAUGUGGACAGUAAUGUCCAGGUGAAUGGGGACCCUGAGGAAGCGACCUAUGGCAAUGUAGUUCGGUUCAGCUGCAAGUCCAACAGUUACAUCCUGUCAGAUCCUGCGUCAGCAGAGUUGUAUUGUAAUGAAAAUGGAGAGUGGAGUGGCCAACCUCCAAAAUGCAUAGAGAUUAAAUGUGCAGUACCUCCGAUUGAAAAUGGUUAUGUGCCUGAUCACAAUAUCCCAGAGUACAAAGAACAUGAUGUCCUGGACUUUAGGUGUAAUGUUGGAUAUAAACCCACUGAAGACAGACCCUCAAAAUGCACAAAAGUAGGAAUAAGAGCCGAGUGGACCCCCACACCUGCGUGUGAACCAAUAAAAUGUAAACUGAAACCGCCAGUUGAGGGAACCAGGUAUGAAUCUUCCAAAAAUGUGUUUUUACCUGGUGAGCGACUGAGAGUUAUUUGUGGAGAGAAGUUCGGGAUUUUUAACAAUCAGCAAUCCGCAGUAACUACAUGUAAUGAGGAUGGAGAGUGGACUAUCAGACCAGUAUGCACAGAGGUCGUAUGCAGCAAUCGAAGACCGCAACAACAGCAUGUGUAUUACUGGGGUGUCCCUAACUGGAGAAAUUAUCAAUAUAAAAUGGGUGAGACUAUAAGCUAUAGUUGUGAGACAGGCUUCAAGAGCACAGAUGAUGCUACCUGGGCCACAUGCACCAGAGAUGGAUGGACACCAAAUCCACUCUGUCAAGAAAUAACAUGUGACAGAAAGGAUAUCCUGGAGGCAGAUAUUAUCAGAGAAUACAAGCAGACAUACCGCUACAAUGAACCGGUCCGUUAUCGCUGUAAGGAGGGUUAUAGAGGACAAUUCACUCUAACCUGUAGAGAAAAUGGUUGGAUCGGGAAUCCAACGUGUACAGAAAUAACAUGUGACAUAAAGGAUUUGCGAGAGGCAAAUAUUGUUCUCAAUAACAAGCGGAGAUACCGCUACAAUGAACAGGUCGGUUAUCGCUGCAGGGAUGGUUACCAAGGAGGAGAAUUCACUCUAACCUGUGGAGGAGAUGGUUGGAUCGGGAGGUCAACGUGUACAGAAAUAACAUGUGACAUAAAGGAUUUGCAAGAGGCAGAUAUUAUUUACAAUAACAAGCGGAGAUACCGCUACAAUGAACAGGUCCGUUAUCGCUGCAGGGAUGGUUAUCAAGAAGAAUUCACUCUAAUCUGUGGAGGAGAUGGUUGGAUCGGGAGGUCAACGUGUACAGAGAGACCAUGUGAAAAACUUCACAUUGACAAUGCAGUUAUAACCGGGAAGGAAAAGGAAAGGUACAGCCAAAAUGAAAAAGUCCAGUAUGCAUGCACCAACCGUGAACAGUUUACUGUUACCUGUGGACAAAGUGGUUGGACUGGUAUUAAGAGCUGUACAGAUACAUGUCCAAAGCCUGAAGUUCCAAAUGGAUUUGCAGUUGGCCCAUACAACAAGACAAUAUACUACACCUGCAAUAAAGGUUUUAAGCUUUUCACCAACAAAGGCUGGUGGGCUGAGGCCAAAUGUAAUGACAGUCAACUUCAACAAUGCAUCGAGAACACAGAGUGUGGAGAAACUCCUGUGAUUCCAAAUGGGAAAGUGGGACCUCCACGAAGGCAAAGCCAAGGGCAAGUCGCUGUGAUAAUUUGUAACACAGGAUACAGCCCUAAGGUUAACUUCUUAAGUUGUCGCGGGGGAAAAUGGAUUCUAAAUGAAUUCUCACCCAAAGAUAUUUGUACACCAACUGCCAAGCUCUGCAAACCCCCACCCAAAGUUGACAAUGCAGUUGUUAAGACAUCUUAUCAGAAGGAAUACUUGUCUGACUCUCGAGUGACUUAUCAGUGCCGUGAUGGCUAUGAUAUGGUGGGAAAUGACACGAUUCAAUGCAAUGAUGGGAAAUGGGAGGAGAAGAACAUAAGAUGCACACUAAUUAUAUCCACUCUAGAGAAAGAAGAGUGUGGAGAAACUCCUGUGAUUCCAAAUGGAAAAGUGGGACCUCCACAAAAGCAAAGCCAAGGGCAAGUCGCUGUGAUUACUUGUAACACAGGAUACAGCCCUAAGGUUAACUACUUAAGUUGUCGCGAGGGAAAAUGGAUUCCAAAUGAAAUGUCACCCAAUGAUAUUUGUACACCAACUGCCAAGCUCUGCAAACCCCCACCUAAAGUUGAAAAUGCAGUUGUUAAGACAUCUUAUCAGAAGGAAUACUUGUCUGACUCUCGAGUGACUUAUCAGUGCCGUUAUGGCUAUGAUAUGGAGGGAGAAGACACGAUUCUAUGCAAUGAUGGGGAAUGGGAGGAGAAGAACAUAAGAUGCACACAGAACACAGAGUGUGGAGAAACUCCUGUGAUUCCAAAUGGGAAAGUGGAACCUCCACGAAGGCAAAGCCAAGGGCAAGUCGCUGUGAUUACUUGUAACACAGGAUACAGCUCUAAGGUUAACUACUUAAGUUGUCGCGGGGGAAAAUGGAUUCCAAAUGAAAUGUCACCCAAAGAUAUUUGUAAACCAACUGCCAAGCUCUGCAAACCCCCACCUAAAGUUGACAAUGCAGUUGUUCAGACAUCUUAUCAGAAGGAAUACUCGUCUGACUCUCGAGUGACUUAUCAGUGCCAUUAUGGCUAUGAUAUGGAGGGAGAAGACACGAUUCUAUGCAAUGAUGGGGAAUGGGAGGAGAAGAACGUAACAUGCACACAGUCUCCCUCAGAUGUGUGCGGUAUAACUCCGCUCAACACCAGGAUUGUUGGGGGACAGAACGCCACUGUGGUUAACUGGCCCUGGCAAGCCAGCCUGCAAACAUCAGGGAGCCACUUCUGUGGAGGAUCCCUCAUUAACAGGGAAUGGGUGGUGACUGCUGCUCACUGCUUCUCAAGCAUCCCAGCCAGACUGACCGUGUCUCUGGGUCUCCAGAGUCUACAGGGACCCAACCCCAAUGGGGUGUCUCGGAUGGUAUCAAAGGUCAUUAAAAAUCCUAUCUAUAACUCCAUAACUAAUGACAACGACAUCUGCCUCCUGAAGCUCUCCUCACCAGUGACUUUCACAAAAUUCAUUGUUCCGGUCUGCCUGGCAGCUCCAGGCAGCACCUUCUUCAGCGGCGUUAGCGCCUGGGUGACCGGCUGGGGCGCCAUUGCAUUUGGAGUUUCCCUCCCUACCCCAGGAAACCUAAUGGAGGUGAAUGUGCCAAUCGUGGGGAACAGAGAGUGUAACUGUGACUAUGGAGUGAGCUCAAUCACAAACAACAUGAUCUGCGCCGGGUUACGUGCUGGAGGGAAGGACUCCUGUCAGGGGGAUUCAGGUGGUCCGCUGGUGAGCAAGCAGGGCAGCCGCUGGAUCCUGGGGGGAAUCGUAAGUUUUGGAAAUGGUUGUGCCAAGCCUAAUUUCCCAGGAGUCUACACCAGAGUGUCCCAAUAUCAGUCCUGGAUCAACAGACAGAUCACCAGCAGCCAGCCAGGCUUUGUCACCUUCACGUCCACUGGAACUGACAGUGACCUCAGCAUCAGCUGUGCUGUCCUGCCAUGAUUAUUUGUCAUUGACAUAAAGUGUGACCCUAAACUGACACAGAGAAGGAUGCAUUUAUGAUUACUUUGCAGAUAGGGUCAAACUAACUUCAUGUCAGGGAAGUAUGGAGCUAAAUCAGGGCCAAAUUUUUUUGUUAAUUUGA